AGGGCUAAGCUGUCAUUUACCCGCUCUGGCACCGAGAGGGUUACGGCGACCCGGGGGCGGAGCCGUGCCGAGGCCACCUGCUGCGGGGCGGUCUGGCGCAUGCGCCUGACACCUAGCUGGUUCCCUACCUGCAGGGGCCCGGCUGAGGAGGAGCGCUUGCGCUCUGGGCCUUUUCCGCCGGGGGAAGUCUCGCGGGGGCGGGGCGGGGCGGGGCCUCGUGGAGAAGUUCUCGCGGGACACCGACGGGGAGCGGAAGCCAGGAGGCAUUGCUGCUUCGGCGACCGGGCGGCGGCGGCUGUGGCAGAGCCUGUGCCUGUGGCGGUGACGGCGGCGGGAGCAAGCGCUGCCCUCGCAGAGCAGCCUUGGGGUCGCCGGCCGCUCGCAGCGUUGUGGAGGGGCGGGCCGGACGCUGAGCGGAGCAGCUGCGCCACGGUGAGUACGGGAGGCUGCGCUCGGCGCCUCUCUGGUGCCUUUUCCUCUCGGCUCUACAGAGGGAGUGGGCCCCGGGGGAACCGGGACCGGCCCCGGGGUUCGCGUCGGGGCGGCGAGGCUUGGGACGUGGAGCGGAAUCCCCGGGGCUCCGGACUCUACGUUUCCCCUUUUGGGGCGCUUCCUUUCUGGGGACCGUCCUCCUCCGGCUCUUGGCUCUGGGCAGUCCGGGGGAAGAGGUCGGGGUUCUCUGGCGAGGUCCCCUGCCUUCAUCGGGAGGGUUUGCACGGAAGGGGCCCGGGAAGCCCAGGCGGGCCGAACGCCGACUGAGUCAGUCUACCCGAGCCUGGCGGCGGGGGACUGGUGUGGGCUGCAGCUGCGGUGAUUGAUGUGCCUUCGACCUGCACGGCAACCACGUCACCAUCUCCUGGCGUCUUUGGGCUUAAUUUUGUGCGGGAAUCCACUUUGGGGUAGAACGUUUGCUGCUGGAGCCGGGGGAGAUACCUUUUUUCUGACACUUAAAAAAAAACUAUUUGAAAAAUAUUUGUCAAGAAAAAUUCAGCAGUAGCAGGUUGGACUGCACCGAGGAAGGAUUGCGGUGAGAGCGGGCGCUGGUAAUUUUCAUUUGCAGCGCGCCCUCUCUAUGAUUGUAAGCCACACAUGAGUUAUGGCUUGUUUAGAAAGUUUUUCAAGGCUGGCUUCAAACGCUGUGAAAGUGCAGUUUGCAGGGGACUGAAGUGCACUUGAGGUCUGUCUCUUUUUGAUGCUGUUGACUUUCCGAAAUGUCAGACACAUGAGAGAAAUUAGCAUUAGUCUAUUUUGGCUUUCUUAUUCCUCUUUCUCCAGUUAUUUCCUUCCCUCUCUAUCUGCUUCUGUCCUUUCCACUAGGGACACGAAAUGCUUGUGUAAUGCAAGUCAUUUGCCCCUUCCUCCCCCCCCCCCCUUUUUUUCUAAUGUACUUCCCCUUCCUCCUUGUAGUCCCCACUCUGGCGUAAUUUUUCGAGGUUUCUUCCCUUUCGUGCUGUUCGUUUUCUCUCAUUUCAAGAUUCCGUCUUUUUUCUCGGGAAGAGACUCUCUUUCCUUGCUUUCGUUCGUUUACUUUUGCGCGUCCCCUGCGUUCCCUGCAGUCAGCCAGAAGGGUUGCUAGAGAGCCGUGGGAGGCUGAAGUCCCCUCUCUGAGAACGGGGAGGCUCAAAAUAUUGAAUUCAUCCCUAAGAAAUCAGUCCUGCCACUAGGUCACAAGUGUGGUUUGCUUGUAUUAUUUUUGUCUUUUACUCUUUUUCUUUUAAGAUUAUGCUUCUGUGCCUGCUUAUGUUUUCUUCUAGUAUGUCUUUAUAAUAGGAAGAUUGGGUCAGCUCAGUGACUUUUUUUUUUUAGGCAGAGAGAAUCGCUUGAACCCAGGAGGUGGAGGUUGCAGUGAGUGGAGAUCACGCCACUGCACUCCAGCCUGAGGGAUAGAGCAAGACUCUGUCUCCAAAAAAUAAAUAAAAAUAAAUAAAAGUUGUCAAUAGAUUACCAAAGAACUCACUGAAAAGAUUGAGCUGAGCUCAUUAAUUCCUUGCUGUAGUGUGGGUUCUGUGGUGAUUUUAUUAUUAUAAUGUAACACCAAGCCACAUUGUCAGUUAGUAACUUCUCAAAAUGUUGAAUCAGUGGACACCGGGUAGGGUAAAAAGUCUUUGUGCCUGGUGCGGUGGCUCAUACCUGUAAUCCCAGCACUUUGGGAGGCCAAGGCAGGCAGAUCUGUUGAGCUUAGGAGUUUGAGACCAGCCUGGGCAGCAUAGGGAGACCCCGUCUCUACAAAAAAAAAAUGAGUAGGCUAUGGUGGCUGGUGCCUGUAGUCCCCAAUAAGGAGGCUGAGGUGAGAGGAUCCCUUGAGCCCAGGAGGCGGAGGUUGCAGUAAGCCAAGAUCACGCCACUGCCCUCCAGCCUUUGCUACAGAAUGAGACCCUUUCUGAAAAAUAAAUAAAUAAAAGUGUGUUUACUCAAAGUAUUGCAGAUUGGAUAUUAUAAAUAUUUUUAAAAUUUGCCAAUUAGUAUAUGAAAGAACUCUGAUUGUUUUAAUUUGCAUUUCUUUUCAUAUGUUUUAAAUAGAGUAACAUUUUAAAUUUCUUUUGAAGGCUGGGUGCAGUGGCUCAUGCCUGUAAUCCCAGCACUUUGGGAGGCUGAGGUGGGAGUUUGAGACCAGCCUGGCCAACAUGGGGAAACCCCAUCUCUACUAAAAAUGCAAAAGUUAGCCAGGCUUGGUGGCGCACACCUGUAGUCCCAGCUACUUGGGAGGUCGAGGCAGGAGAAUUGCUUGAUCCCAGGAGGCAGAGGUUGCAGUGACCUGAGAUCAUGACACUGCAGUCCAGCCUGGGCGACAGAGCUAGAUGCUGUCUCCAAAAAAAUAAAUAAAUAAAUAAAUAAAUAAAUUUUGAGUGAUUAUUACAUGUCGGGCUCUAUCCAAAGCACUUAAUGUAUGUUAUAUAUGUUGUCUAAUUUAAUCCUCAGUGGAUCUUAUAAGGUAGAUAUUCUCAUUUUACAGAUGAGAAAACUGGAGCUUGUUUCACAACUUUGCCCACAACUGUAGCUGUAAGUGUGAGGGGCCUGCCUCUAGAGACCAUGAAGAUUCAACACUAAGCUAUACUGGACUGUUGUCAUGUAUUUUAUUUUCUGUGAAUUUUGGGAAGAAGAGAGUUAAAUGGAAGAAAGAAAAAAAUCUUGCAAAUACCUUUAGGAUAGUAGUUUUUUUGGAUACAGUAGACAUUGUUUGAAAUGAAUGAUUAAAGCUGUCCUUACCUUUCUUAAAAUUCACUGCAUGGGAUGGGCUGGUAACAGUUUCGAGGUUACUCUCAUUAGGCUUCAGUGUUUAGUACACUAUACCCCAUUUUCUUGGGAAGUGAACAGCAAUAUCUACUCUGUUAAAAUCAUUAUACAUUGUGUCUGCUUUCAGAUUUCUUCCUUUUAGUAAUUAGUGUUGUGUAUGUGUUAGAUUUUUUUUUGUCUUUACUGAAACACACCCUUUGGAAUUCCUUUAGCGAAUAUGCUCUUUUGGGUGGAUAACCUAAUAAGCUUUCCUCUUUGAGUUUUCUGUUUUUUUACUCAGCACAGCCAUGGAAGUAGGGAUUCAAUUUUCUGUCAGACUCUGCAUCUCACAAAGCAAUAGUUACUCAAAACACGACUUUCAAGAAGGUUAUUCUUCUUAAGCUUUCAGCAGAUGAGCUGAGUAGCAGCAGGAAAGCAGGUAUUGAGAACUGUCUUGGUUUUUGUACUGCUGUUGAGUAACAUUGCAGCUGUCUUAAAUCCUGAAUGACACAGAAGCUUAUGGCUGGUCGUACUACAUAGCAGCUUGAAAGUGACAGGGCUUUUCAUUUCUAUCUGAUUUCUGUUUUUCAAAAAUAAAACUCCUUAUUCUUUUCCUAUCAUUGUAAGUAUUCUUCAGCUUCCUAUCACUAAUACAUAGUCUCGGCAUUAGAGACCAGUUAAAAUAAAUAGGCUGAGGAAAAUCUUGAUAGUAGGAGAGAUUUUGGAGCGUUCAUUAAAAGUAAAAAUAGGGCUGGGCGUGGUGGCUCACUCUCCCCUGUAUUCCUAGCACUUUGGGAGGCCGAGGCAGGCAGAUUGCUUGAGGCCAGGAGUUUGAGACCAGCCUGGGUCUUAAAAGGUAGAUAUUAUUCUCAUUUUACAGAUGACGAAACUGGAGCUUGUUUCAAAAGUUUGCCCAAAAUUGUAGCAGUUAGCGUGAGGGGCCUGCCUCUAGAGACCAUGCAAAUUCAACACUAAGCUGUACUGGACUGGUCUCACAUAGUGAGACCCUGUCUCUACAAAAAAUAGAAAAAGUAGCCGGGCAUAGUGGCCCACACCUGUAGUUCCAGCUACUUGGGAAGCUGAGGCAUGAGGAUUACUUGAGCCAAGGAGAUCAAGGAUGCAGUAAGCCAUGACCAUGCCACUGCACUCGUGCCUGGACAACAGUGCAAGACCCUGUCUCAAAAAAAAAGAGAAAAGAAAAAGUAAAAGUAGAUACACAGGGAACUAGGCAAGUAAAAAAUAGAACAUUAAGCAGUUGCUAAUGCUGGGAAAAAUCUAAGGAUUGUACAAAAAAGUAUGAUUGGGUCAGGCAUAGCAGCUGAUGCCUGUAAUCCCAGCACUGGGGGAGGCCAAAGUGGGCGGAUCAUUUGAGGCCAGGAGUUCAAGACCAGCCUGGCCAACAUGGUGAAAUCCCGUCUCUACUAAAAAUAUAAAAAGUAGCCAGGCUUGUUGGCACGUGCCUGUAGUCCCAGCUACAGGCCGAGGUAGGAGGAUCGCUUGAACCUGGGAGGUGGAGGUUGCAAUGAGCCGAGAUCAUGCCACUGCACUCUAGCCUGGGCAAUCUUAGAGAACUCUGUCUCAAAAAAGAGAAAAAAAAAACACAAAAAGUAUGAUUGGUUUUAGUGCAU